AUAAAAUCUAAAUAAUUUUUUUUCCUUGCCGAUGAAAAACGGGUAAACCCUCGUUCUACGCAGCCUUAAACCCUUUAAACGCCCCCAACGGAAUCUAGGGCACCUUUAAUCCCCCAAGGCAGAUUUCAUCUCUCUUCCCACUAAAUUCAAAUUGUGUUUGUCUGUUGAUGAUAACUGCUUGAAGAUUGUAUUGAUUUUGGAACGAAGAUGAAGAAUCUGAAGCUGUCAUGGGAACUGUCAUCUAACCUCCAGUUACAAUCAGAAAAUGAAGUGAUUCGUUGCACCGCUUUCGAUAUCGAACAAAAUCGGUUCUUCUUUGCGUCUUCUGCUAACUUCAUUUAUACCACUCAUCUUCCAUCUUCUCCGAUCGAAGAAUCAUGGGGCAAACCAUCAUCAAAUCCACUGGUUGAGGCCAUUGAUCUAGAUUCUGACGACUCUAUUACUUCCUUGGAGUAUCUCAUGGAGAAAGAAGCACUCAUUAUUGGAACUUCAAGUGGGGUGUUAUUACUAUAUAAUGUGGAUGAUAAUGUAACAGAAGUUGUUGGCAAAGUGGAAGGUGGAGUUAAGUCCCUCUCACCAAGUCCAGCUGGAGAUUUGCUUUGUAUAAUCACUGGUUUAGGCCAAAUGUUGGUUAUGACUCAUGACUGGGACUUGUUAUAUGAGAUAACACUCGAGGAUCCUAUUGAAGAUGCUGACACACUCUCAGGUGAUCGGAUCCUUGAUUCAGAAUGUUCCGCCACCUGGCGAGGUGAUGGGAAAUUCUUUGCUACAUUAACCUCAAUCAACAAUUCUUCACAUAAGAAGCUUAAAAUCUGGGAAAGAGAUACGGGUAGCUUGCAUUCUGUUUCAGAACCCAAGUCUUUUAUGGGAGAAAUUGUGGAAUGGAUGCCAUCUGGCGCCAAAAUUGCUACUGUUUGUGAUCAUAAAGAAGAAAACAAGUGCCCAUCUAUAGUUUUCUUUGAAAGAAAUGGGUUAAAAAGAAGUUCAUUCAGUGUAAACAGCGGAAUAGACUUCAUGACAACUGUCAAGAAUCUAAAAUGGAACUGUAAUUCUGAUCUUAUUGCAGCCAUUGUUAGAAACGAAUCCCACGACGCCAUCAAGAUAUGGUCUUUUAGCAACAAUCAUUGGUACUUAAAACAAGAAAUUAGUCAUUCAAGGCAUGAUGGGGUUAAAUUUAUGUGGGACCCCGUAAACCCUCUUCGGCUAAUAUCUUGGAAUCUGAAAGGCAUGAUUAUGGUUUACAAUUUCAUCUGGAUUACAGCAGUUACUGAUAAUUCAGUAGCAUUAGUUAUUGAUGGAUCAAAGAUUCUAGUAACACCACUUUCCAUAUCCCUAUUUCCUCCCCCUAUGUGUCUCUUUGAGCUUGAAUUCCCUUCUUCUGUUAGAGAAAUGGCAUUUUGGUCUUUUAAGAAUAGUUUGGCAGCAUCUUUAUCAGAUGGGAGUUUGUCUGUAGUGGAGCUUCCUGACAUUGACACGUGGCAAGAUCUAGAAGGGAAAGUCUUUCGUGUUGAGUUGACUAUUCUUGAAAAUCCUACACCCUUUCUUCAUCUAACAUGGUUGGAUUCACAUGUGCUUCUUGGUGUAGCUCCUAAUGGCCACCUUUUGGAACUUGAAAUUAUGUGCUCUGAGGAUCAUAUUCAUGGUUCAGUGGCAUCCUCAGGAUGGGAUGCUAAAAAUAGCAACACAUUUUCUCUUGAGAGAAAUGUGAUUGCCAUUGCUUCUAACCCGGUUAAAAAACGUUCAGCAUUUAUUCAGUUAAAUGGUGGGAGUAUUUGUGAGUACACAUUGGAUUCUUCUCUUCAGGAGCAUAACAAUUUGCGGUUUUCCCAAUCUUGCCCCUGGAUGAGUGUGGCCUCAAUUGGAGAUUUUGGGGUAUUGGAGUCUUUUUUGUUAUUCGGGCUUGAUAAUAACAGUAAGCUGCAUGUGAAUCAAAAUGUUUUAUGUAACAACUGUCACAGCUUCUCAUUGUACUCAAAUUCCCAAAAUCAAGAGAUGACACAUUUGAUCCUUUUGACUAAACAAGACUUUUUAUUCGUUGUUGACAUUCGUGAUAUUGUUCUUGGUCAAAUGGAAGUCAAAUAUGGGAACUUUGUACCUGUUAUUACCAGAAGAAAGGAUGAAGAAGGAAAGAAGUUUAUACAGAUUUGGGAAAAGGGUUCCAAGAUCUUAGGAGUUGUUCAUGGAGACGAAUCUUCUGUUAUAAUACAAACAACCCGUGGAAACUUAGAAAGCAUUUAUCCAAGAAAAUUGGUGUUGGAAUCGAUUGUGAAUGCUUUGGUCCAAGGGCGUUUUAGGGAUUCCCUACACAUGGUAAGGCGACACAGGAUUGACUUUAAUGUUAUUGUUGACCAUGGAGGGUGGGAGAAUUUUUUAAAAUUGGCAACCGAGUUUGUCAUCCAGGCAGACAAUUUAAACUACAUUACCGAAUUUGUAUGUUCAUUAAAGAAUGAAAAUGUGAUGGAGACUUUAUACAAAAACUACAUAACAAAUGAGGCAAAUGUUAAGGAAUCAAGAGAUGUCGAUAACAAUAACAAGGUCAAUUCCGUCCUUUUGGCUAUCAGAAAAGCUCUAGAGUCCCAAGUUCCAGAAACCCCAGAAAGAGAGCUUUGCAUUCUAACAACUUUGGCAAAAAGUGAACCCCCAUUUCUUGAAGAAGCUUUGGAGCGGGUCAAAAAGAUCCGUGAGAUGGAACUAUCAGAUUCCAGCGACCCAAAAAGACAAAACUACCCCUCUUCUGAAGAGUCUUUAAAACAUCUGUUAUGGCUAUCAGAAAGUGAGUCCCUUUUUGAAGCUGCUUUAGGUCUUUACGACUUAAACCUUGCAGCCAUUGUUGCAUUAAACUCACAACAAGACCCAAAAGAGUUCCUACCCUUUCUUCAAGAACUAGAACUCUUGCCAGGUGGCAUAAUGAGAUACAAAAUCGACCUCAGACUUCAAAGACACGAAAAGGCACUCCAACACAUUUUUCACGCAGGCGAUUCUUACUUUCAAGAUUUUAUUAAUCUCAUAAUAAACAACCCUCAACUUUUUUCUCAUGCACUUCAAUUAGUAACAGACCCCAUUAAAAGAAAUCAAGUUCUUGAAGCAUGGGGAGAUUAUUUAACAAAUAUAAAAUCAUUCGAAGAUGCUGCAACAACAUAUCUAUGUUGCUACAAUCUACAAAAAGCUUUGAAAGCCUACCGGGCUUCUUACAACUGGACUGGGGUACUUACUGUUGCGGGUCUUUUAAAACUAAAAAAAGACGAAAUUACCCUUUUGGCAAACGAACUGUGUGAAGAGCUUCAAACGAUUGGGAAACCGAGUGAGGCUGCGAAAAUCGCGUUGGAUUAUAUUGGAGAUUUUAAAAGUGGGAUAAAUUUGUUGAUUAGUGCAAGGGAAUGGGAGGAGGCUUUGAGAGUUGCUUUGAUGGAUAGGAGGGAGGAGUUGGUUGCUGACGUGGCGACCGGAGCGGUUGACUGUGCCGCCACGUUGGUGGCUGAGUAUGAAGAAGGGGCGGAGAAAGUGGGGAAGUAUUUGGCACGAUACUUGGCGGUCCGGCAGCGGCGGUUGUUGCUUGCCGCCAAGAUUCAGGCGGAGGAGCGGUCGGUGAAUGAAUUGGAUGAUGAUGCUGUUUCGGAAGCUAGUAGCAGUUUUAGUGGAAUGAGUGCUUACACCACCGGGUCAAGAAAAGAUUCUGCUGCUUCCAUGAUUUCGAGUAGCACUAGCAAAAGAGGGCAAAGACGCCAAAAGAAAAAAGGAAAAAUCCGUGCUGGCAGUCCUGAUGAGGAAAUGGCAUUAGUGGAACAUCUAAAAGGCAUGUCCCUGACAGCUGGAGCAGCACGUGAGCUUAAAUCUUUGUUGGGUUGUCUUGUAAUGAUUGGAAAAGAAGAUGUUGCAAGAAAAUUACAACGUGUUGCUGAAAACUUUCAGUUGUCUCAAACAGCAGCUGUAAAAAUAGCUUCAGAUGCAAUGACGUGUGAGAGUGUGGAUGAACAUACAUUUGUUUUGGAGGUUUAUUUGAAGAAAUUAAGGAAGGAAUUGUUGCAGUCCGAGGAGUUCUCUUGGCAGUCCAAGGUUUUUGUUGCUCCUUAGGAAGUAACGGUUGUUAGUUUUUGGAUCUCAUUUUCUUCUUUUGAAUAAUUGAAUUUUGGUCGAACUUAUAUGGCUAGAUGCGGAUAUUUUUAUGUAUUAUUUUUUAUUGGCGAAUUUUGUUAAACAUUUGUG